UCGGCUAGUUUUUGAUUGACGGACAAAGUCCAACAUCCUCGUUAUAACACGGAGACGGAGACUUCGAGCUUUCCCUUCUUCCCUCAUCCCGUUUCUAGCGCAAAUCAGCCCUCGCGCAAUACAAUAUGGCAACCAAUACACCAAACGCCCUACCUCAUGUCCUCGUAAUGGGGGGGUGCGGCUUCCUUGGCUCUCAUAUCGUCCACGCUUUACUCGCCCUUCCUUCUCCUCCAUCAGUGUCUGUGGCAAGCCGCUCUCCCAGCCAGAAUCUUGUCAAGGGCGCCGAAUACCAUACUAGCGAUAUCUCCAAGCAGGCUGACUUCGAAGCUCUGCUUUCAACUCUCCGCCCAACCAUCAUAAUCAACGCAGCCUCCCCGCGCGCUAAAGCGGGUGCACAGGCUUCCGCGGCUACCACCAUUGCAGGAACACGCCUCUCGCUGGCUUGUGCGGCGCGGUGCCCCUCUGUCAGGGGUUACAUCUACAUCUCGAGCGCCUCAAUCGUCUCUGGGGUGCCAUUCACUCUCCUCACGGAAUCUGCCGCAACCCUGGUCAAUCCAACUUCCCACUUCGACCCUUACUCUGCAGCCAAAGCUUCAGCUGAUGCUAUGGUCCUCGCCGCAAAUGAUCCCCCACAAUUGCGGACUGCCGUUCUUAGACCAAGUGGGAUCAUCGGGGAGAGAGAUACUCAGGUCAUCCCAGCACUGCUGACGGCGCUAAAUCAAGGCAUGGCACGUAUACAGCUCGGAAACGGGAGGAGCAAGUUUGACUUCGUCUACGCUGGUAACGUAGCCGACGCAUGUGCAUGCUGUGCUGAGGCGUUGGUGAAAGAGGAGACGGCAGAUGUUCCACAAGAACAGAAAGUCGCCGGUGAGGCUUUCUUCAUUACAAACGGCGAGCCAAUCGAAUUCUGGGGAUUUGCACGUCUUGUAUGGCGUCUUGCCGGAGAUCGAACUCCGCAAGAGAAGGUGAUCGAGGUCCCUAUGUGGCUGGCAUUUUCCUUGGCAUGGUUAGCUGAGUGGGUUAUGUGGGUGGUCAGCGCGGGGACGAAGAGGCCGGAGAAGUUCAACCGGAUGCAGAUGGAGAAUUGCAGCUUAGAUCGAACUUUUGAUAUCACCAAGGCAAAAGAGCGUUUGCAGUGGGAACCAAAAGUAACCUUGGACGAAGGAGCUCGAAGAGGUGUUGAAUGGGCAGUCGCGAAGAGUGCAGAGGAAAACGGAAAGAAGAAUAUCUAGAAAUCUUCAUGGUAGGACUCUGUCGUUCUAUACUAUUGUUCUAAGCAUACACAGCAUCCAUUUGAAUCUUCCCAAUAUCUUGACGGCUGGAACUAGUUCCAACAUGUCGAAUGCCAUCGAACCCAACUCCUUUGUCCCCCCACCAAAAUAACCCUUUUUCAUCAACUGACCAAUCAUCAAUGAGGUCUACCAGAGUCUGAAAGUGACCAUAAGUUGCUGGCUGCGGACCCAGAGGUCUUCGAAAUGCCACGAAUGUAAUAUAAACAGCAAUUGCAGUUGCAAUGAUAGUAUAGAUAAAAAUCCUCGGAUAAAGCAUGAAG